AUGGGGACAGACCUCCGUGAAAGCCAGCGCUGCCGCAAGUCUGCGAAUUGUCCACUGUCCAAGGCUUUUCGCUCUAGUGUGAUGAGAGCAAUCAGGCACACGCUGCGCCGUGGAGCCAACAGCACGAACCGCACGAAUAGUAGUAGCAACAGCAGCUGCUCCACUAGCUCCUGCAAAAAAAGCAACGGGCUCAGCGUUGACCAUCAAGACACCGUCUCCAACGGGCACCAUCAUGUCGACCUAGAACAGAAGCGGCAGAAGGAGCACUGUUUGUUUUUGGGCGUGGGUGACUGCGUGACUUUGCUUGAAGUUGCUCAGCUUAAUGCUGAGGAGCAGCGACGAAGCGGAGAAGCGCAUAUCCCACUAAGCUUAACAGCAGUUCCUCUCUAUUCCUCUCCUGCUCUGAUGGCGACAUAUGCCUCAUUGUUAAGAGCUAGAAAGGCAUCGGAGGCCAUACGCUUCUUGCCUUUGAGCCCGUACCUUGUGCAGCUGCAACAGCGGCAGCAGCAAGAGAUGGAACAAGAGCAGCUGCAGCAACAACAGCAAGAGGGGCGGCAACAACAGCUGCAGGGGCCAGCGGAAACCGUGACAUGCAGCGAGCUGACAGAAACGGCAGAUUCUGCUGCUGCAACUGCAGAGAAGCUAGAGCACAGCUACACCAGCAGCAGCAAGAGUAGCAGGAAGCAAAUGCCGUUGAUAGUACAGCAGCCCUUUGACUGCCUUGUCAUGGACCCACUGCUGUUUGAGGUCGGUGUUCUAGGGAGGCAACUGAUACCUCUGGCGCGCCAUGCACGUACACUUUGCAUCCCUCAGCCGCUGGUAGUUCCCUCCAGCAUUAAAAUUUGGAUCCAAGCUUUUGAAGUUCGGCUUCCAGCAAUCAAGCCUCUCAACGCCCUUCCUGACAUAGUAAAAGGGAAGGGCCAAGAAGGGGUAGCAGCCGGUCAGUCAAAUCGAUUCGACUUGUCUCCUCUUGAAGCCGGAGCACGGUGGACGGCCCACGUGGAGCCUGUUGCUUUGCAGCUGUGUCCAAGUGAGGCAGAAGAGGCUGCCAUGGCAACCGCAACAGCAGAAACGGGCAGUGACGCUUCGUCCGCAUGCACUUACGGAGAUAUUUGUACACCGCGGACAAAGGCCAAGGCGGUGCUUUUCCUUCGUUUUGACGGUCCUUUGGAGAACCUGGAUAAGGACUUGCCGUUGCAUCAGUCGACGAAGGUCUUUCUUGAGAGCAACUCUCACCCUGGCAUUGUGAAUUCAUUCGCUGUUUGGAUGGAGUUUUUCGAGAGGCAAGCAGAGCCAACAGAGGAAAUGUCUGGGUGUGAUGAGAGCCACUCACCCGAGAAACUCUUUUUCUCCACAGCUCACCAUGAGGCAGGACAGCACAGCAGCUUCAACGCAGCAUCAGCUGCAGAGGGAAGGCACUAUGGAAUUCGGCACGUGAAGCAGGGCCUGUUCUGGGUCCCCACAGUAUGGGUGGGAGCGAAUGAGGGCCUCACAGUGCAGGUGGCGCACUCACCGACAAAGCUCUCCCUCAGGUGCUGUUUUCACACUGCAGCGACAAUUGUUGAAACAUAA